CUACAUUUCAACAGAUGGUAGCUACACAGGCCAACUUGUGGGAACAAAGAUGCGAGAUGUGUGUCUCUUGUAAUGUUUGUGUGAGAUGCACAUGUCUCAGCGGGGGAAUUGCCAUCGUGAUCAUAGAGUGCAUUGUACAGAGCAUCCCAUCUCUCUAUCCGCACUCUUAUCAUUAGGAGCUUCUUUGUUACACCCCACCCCCCCUCACUAGCACUCCUUUAACUACGCCCAAAACAAUGAAAAGUUUCCUGCUGCGAUUUUAAAAUUUCCUGCUGCCAAUAUCACCGUGUCAUCCUCGGAGCACACCAUGUUGUCUGAUACCCUUCCAGAGACCGUGCCAGUGCCGAAUCAUGGCACACUGACGCCUUCUUCCCAGGGGUCUUCCUCCGCUACAAAAUCAAGGCGCCAACCAGUUUGGACCGACGAGGAAACGCGGGCCUUCAUCCAGGUGUGGGGUGAUGACGCUGUGCAGAGUGCUCUGGCUUCAAAUUACCGCACAGUCGCACAGUUUCAGUGGAUAGCUGAUGAGAUGCGAGCCCGGGGAUACAACAGGGACUGGGAGCAAUGUCGCGAACGUGCAAAGGUGCUUCGACGCGGUUUCAAAGAGAUAGUGGAUGGGAACAGCAAUGCUGGUCAUGGGCGCCGAGUGUGGCCAUAUUAUGAAGAACUUAAUCGCUUUCUUUGCAUCAAGCAAAAUCUGGUCGUUCCACGGCUUUCAGGGAGCAACGCAAGGCCGCCUGUUGAUCGCCGGCGCCGGGAGCACAGAGAAACGCAAGAUGCUGCCUACGAACCACCGCUGUCUGUAGGAAAGAGCGACAAAGGGACUUUUGAAGAACCAGACGGGGACUGUUUACUGUUGCCUGAAUCGGCUGGGUCGCAGCAGAGUGAAGCUAACAUGGAAAACCAAGCAGCAUCACCAGCAGCAAACUCUGAUCUAUCCAUGGAUGGGAGUGCUGGCCCUGGCACUCCCACGGAUCCUCUGCCAUCCAAUGACUCAAUCUCCGCACCAAAUCUGCGCCCUCGGCCGCUGACCGCCGCAGAGAGAAUGCGCAAUCUCCGUUGCAGGCAGAGAAAGAGGAGGGGGGAUACAUUGAAGGAGCUGAUGGAGGUCACGUCCCAGGCCACCAGCGAACUCGUCCGGACACUGUCCGACCUCACACACAAAGAGGUGGCUUCCUUUGAGCGGGCCUACAAGGAGGACCUUUCUGCGCGCAAAGACGAGAUGGAGCAGAGCGCAGAGGACAUUGGGAGGCUCGUAAGUGCUCUGGAAUCCAGCGAUCAAACUCUGAAGGAGCAGCUGAGUAGCCAGACAAGCGUACUGCAGGGCAUCUUGGAAGUCAUGAAAGACAUACGGGGUAGAACUUCUUACAGUCCUCCGUACCCUUCACAGUAUUAUGAUUUCCCAGGCCCUAGCAUGAUGCACACAGCAGGUACAUCCUCAAACGGUCAGGAGAUGCCGUGCCCUUCCCCAUCUGGCCUCGCAUUCCCUUCCCAGCAGUCGGCUACCAGCAACGGAGACGUCUCUCCCAGGAAGCGAAUGAAAUGAAAGUCCUGAAACGGAGAGGCAUUCUGUACUGCUUAUUUAGUAUCCUUGUCGAAACCAUCCCUCCAGCUAUGGUUUGUUCUUGUUAUGACAUAUAUAUUCCUUUUUCUUACAAGCCUUUCUUAUUGCAUAGUUAGGGUGUGUUUUCACCAUAUUAUAUGUGCGUCUACACAAUGUUCCAUUGUGUGGAAACGGCUGCCAGCAAUGUACAUUUAGAUUUGCUCUUGGUUUUUAUUUUGAGUGUACGUACGUUAGUUUCCCUUCUACUCUGUUUUCAAGAGGAAUGCAGUGUUUGAUGUACAAGUGUAAAAGGCUCUUCAGUACACUGAACACAUUACUGGGUACCUGUCAAAAGGUAUUUGAGAGUAAUAAAGCCACACUGUUGUUCCAAAAUAAUUUAAUUUGUGUUUUACCAUAGUAUAUAAGACUUGCCAUACUAGGGGGUCAGUUCAAGCUUCUAGCUAGUUCAGCAUUCUGUCUUCCAAAAAUGGCUGCCAUGGAGAAGUUCACAAAUGAGGAAUGAGAGAAGCUUUUGCCUUCGUUAGCCCUCAGGAUCUGGUAGUCAAGGAUGAACCAUCUCUGAUAACUUAUGGCCCAUGGAACUACCCUUCCUACAUCAAUCUAAUCCUAUUAAGAAGUCUAAUGAUUGUCUGAGCAUCCUGUGCCAACAAAAUUCAUAAGGAUGCAUUGUAUUCAGAAGCACUUCUUCUGCCAGGCGACAUCAGUUUAUCAUCCUCCACGUGUUUAUAUUUUGAGUGGCACUGAAAUUUUUCCAUGUUGUGCCCACCAUACUGUGCAAGGCCUUAACAUCUCUGUCAUGCUGUCUUUGUCCCCUCCCACCCACAUGUUUUCUGUGAUGAAAAUUUAUUUCACGGCCAAACUGGAUGUGAGAGUAAAAAACUCACUUGUUUAAAAAAAAUAUCUACUCAAAAAUAAAACGUGAUUGAGGAGGACUGUCACUGCCUUGCGUAUAACCUACCUCCCUGUAGCACCCCCGUGUAUACACGUACACUUCUCCCAACCAAGCUCGCUCCUGAUACUGCAGCUCUACUGAGGUCCCUGGAGGUCCCUUCCAACUCUAGGAGUCUAUGAGAAACAGCACAAAAUGUAAGACACUGUCAACAGAAGGGUUCAGCAACCCCUCCCUGUACAUCCCUUUUACUGAAAAAAAUGUACCCAUCCACUCCUUGCUUUAUACCAGAUUGGAGCAGGCUAAUAAAGCAGUUGGGUCUGCUGUUGUUAUGUCUGAUUAUUCAAUUUACUUGAUGGUCUCCUCCUCCCCCGCCCCCGGACAAAGUCGCUCCUUUUCACACAGUCCCCCAACUUUUCUGUGUCCUUGACAGGAGAUGGUUCACCAUUGUGUACAAUAAUCUGAAUGGGGACAUAGCAUCAUGGUAUGAUAGUUUUAUACGCUCACAUGCUUAUUCACAUUUUGAAGCUAUUCGGACAGCUUGGUAAACUUGCUUUUGCAGAUCAUAAUGUUGCCGCCUCUUCGACGUGGCAUGCUCACCUGCGUGUUCUAAUCGUUAGCUAACUGUUUCUGCCAAUUCAGAUCCAAAGGAAGUGAGGCUUUACAAGCCUACAGUUUCCUGGAGCUACACUUCUGAGGAAGACCCCAGCUGUGGUCAUGUGCUCAUCAUGACCUCAGGCAGUCCCAUGGGGCCCAAAGGCAUACACAGCAGCUUUCAGAACUCCCCUGUUGGAUUGGAAAAAUAGAUUCUCCAUUGUCUGUCUUUCAGUUAUUUGUUUAAAAAGUACAUUUUAAACAGUUGUGGAUAUUAUUUAUUUUUCUGGUCUUUCUUAAAUGGAGCUAUUUACUCAUGCAAAUCUUGGCAGUUUGUUACUUUGUUUUACUCAGGGCUCUUUUUGUAGAAAAAGCCCAGCAGGAACUCAUGAGCAUAAUA